UACAUUGUCAACUUCGCUGAAAGCGCGGAAUUUUAUGUAUGACUAACGUCAUAAACAAUAUCGAUUUAUAUCUUUAGAUUAAACUUAAGAAUUAUUUGAUUAUCUUUUUCGGUUUGACUAGCACAACACGUAUAUUUCGAAACGUACAUUUGUACGUAAAUAUGUAUACGCACAUAUAUACAAAAAUUUAAAAGUCAAAUCUGUUUAGUGCAUAAUUGGAACAAAAUUAACACGUAUAAAUUAAAAAAAAUUUUCUACAUAUAUUAUUAAUCAUUAUUAUUAAUAAUCAUGAUUACAAAUGAUAAAAUUGUUUAUCUAUCAGUUUUGGAGAUAGUUAAAUUACAUUUUCUCUCUUUUGUGUAUGGCUUGUAUUUAAUAGUGAAAAGAUUUCCUAAGUGGGUCUGGGAUCCUAAGAAGUUUUUUAUGAUGCAACAGCGAGAUAAACCUCCACCUUGUCUUGUGGACGGUAAUUUAGGAACUCAUUCUUACGUAAAAAUCAAAGGGGUAAAAUUCCAUUAUGUAGAAGCUGGAAAUAAAAAUGAUCCACUUAUAUUACUUUUACAUGGAUUUCCUGAUUGUUGGUUAUCUUGGAGAAAACAAAUACCAUGUCUUACUCAACAUUAUAGAAUAAUAGCAAUAGAUUUGAAGGGGUUUGGAGAUAGUGAUAAACCAGCAGCUAAAAGUUGUUACAAAAUACAAGUUUUAAUUGAGGAAUUGAAACAAUUUAUUUUAACUCUUGGAGUAAAGCAAUGCAGUAUAAUCGGUCAUGAUUUAGGAGGACUUUUAGGAUGGUAUAUGGUAGCCCUAUAUGGGGACAUGAUUCAUAAAUUUGUUGCAAUUUCAUGCCCACAUCCUAAUUUGUAUUGGAAUGGGAGACCUGGAGAUUCUAUUUUUGAUUUAAAAUGGAUACAUUUCAGUAGAUUACCAUUUUUGCCUGAAAUUGAUGCUCUCAAAGAAGACUUAUCAAUAAUAAAUGAUGCAUUUCAACAUCUUCAACUAAAUAAUGCAAACAAUGAGAAGGAUUAUGUAGAAGCAUAUAAAUAUGCAUUUAGUAGGAAAGAGGACUGGACAGGUGCUAUCAAUUAUUACAGAAACCUUCCUUUAAUAAGACUUAAUACAGAUACUUGUGAUCAAAUUUCUACUCGAACCUUGCUUAUAAUUGGAAAUAUGGAUCCAAUUGUAACAAUAGAAAGUGUUGUACAAAGUUCUGAAUAUGUUGAGAAAUUUAAUGUGAAAGUAAUCUCUGAAGCUCAACAUUUUCCACACCAACAAAAACCGGAUAUAGUAAAUGAAGCAAUCUUGAAGUUUUUUAUGGGUGCGAUAAAUCAUAUAGAAAAACCAUCAUCUAAAAACAUUAUGUCUUCAUGGUUUGGAUCUCUUGGUAAUACUGUCAAGUAUGGUAACCAUAUGUUUGAUGCUGUCCAUAAAAAGACUAGUGGAGUAGUUAGUGCUUUACCCAGUAAAGUAUUUUAUUUAGGUCAAACUACAAAUUGAAUUAUAUUUUUAUCUAUAUUAAAAUAUAGGGCUUACCAAAGCCUGAAUUUUUCUACUUUCUCUAUUUAAGUUUUAGGCUUUCAGAGCAACAGAAAAUAUCUAGUUACUUUUCAUCACAAAACAGAAAAGACUACAAAAUAUGUUGCCAUAUAUAUAUAAUAAUUAAAUGUUUUUAUAGCUUAACUAUAGCGUAUAUAUAUACUAUAGUUUAAUUACUACAGAACAACUCAAAUGAACCUCCUUAUCUUAAUGACAGUCUGUAUCAACAAAUGUAAAAAAGGCUGAUUUAUUUUAAUAUGUUUUGUCUAAUAUUAUUUACAUUUUAUAAACGAGAUAGUUUUAAGUAAAAAAUAUUAUCACUUUUUUAAUAAACAUGUAUACAUCUAUUUUUCAUUUAAUAACGCAAAUAUAUAUAUAUACAUAAAUUUUAAAUAUAGUAUUAGAUAACAUGAAAAAUCUGCUUUUUCAUAAAGUAAGUGUAUAGUAUAAAGCUAAUAUAAAAAGAUAUAUUCAGACAUUCAC